AUGACCGGACAUCAAGGUUGCACUGGGACCGAACGACAAAGCAUGCAAUCGUCCGGCUCUCGUUGCACGAGUGCACGCGUGUUGGAAGCCAAAUUGAACCGACUUUGUGGUAACGUUUUGGGCAAUAAGAACGGGCAGGCUGCUUCGGCGAUGGAUGGAAAUAGUCUCUUUACUGUUACUUCGUAUCAUGUAUACUGA